AUGGUGGCGGUGAUGGCAACAGCUGCACUCGUGGUAGUAGCCGGCGGAGCAGCAUCACCGGCCCCAAUAGGGAAACGCGGCUGCGAAACGAGGUGCGGCGACGUGAGCGUGCCGUACCCGUUCGGCUUCGGCCAGGACAGGUGCUCCGCGGCGCCAGGCUUCAAGCUCAACUGCGUCCACGGCAACACUACCGAUAUGAGCUCAGGAGGAGCAGGCACACGGCUCCUCCUGGGCGACCAUGGAGACUUCGAGGUAAAGGAGAUCUCGGUGAAAAACAGGACGAUUCGUGGGCUCAGCCGCCCUGUCUUCAUCAACGCCACUAUCAACAACACCGGCCACAGUACCGUGAGGUCUAUGGGCUUCGGAGACAACCGCUGGCAGUACUUCCUGCCGCCGACCAGCACCGAGCUGGUGGUUACGGGGUGCAACGUGCAGAUAGAUAUUGACGAGUGCAAGCAGGCAAAGGACCAUGGGUGUUUCGGUGAGUGUCGCAAUACGCAAGGAUCGUUCAAUUGCUGGUGCGCACGAGGAGGAAAUGCUAGCCAGCCUAAUGGCUGCCUCAGGCCCGUAAGCAAUACAGGUUUAAUCAUUGGUCUCUUGGUUUCUCUCGUCCCAUCCCUCAUGCUUUUGGUUAUAGGUGGAUUGUUAAUAAUCCGUAAGCUUGAGCAUCAUAGAGCUGAAAAGUUGAAACGGAAGUUCUUCAAUCAAAAUCAUGGACAACUAUUGCAACAGCUAGUAUCUCAAAGGUCUGACAUCGGUGAGAGGAUGAUCAUCACUAUGAAGGAGAUAGAGAAGGCCACAAACAAUUUUGAUCAAUCUCGUAAGCUCGGUGGCGGAGGGCAUGGUACUGUCUACAAAGGAAUAUUGUCAGACUUGCAUGUUGUGGCCAUCAAAAAGUCAAAUAUUAUGGUCCAGAGAGAAAUUGAUGAGUUCAUAAAUGAGGUUGCCAUACUAUCACAAAUCAACCAUAGGAAUAUUGUCAAGCUUCAUGGUUGUUGUCUCGAGACAGAAGUCACACUCUUGGCAUACGAAUUUAUUUCCAAUGGAACCCUUGGUGAUCAUCUUCAUAAUGACUCGCCAAAAUCAAUAUCUUGGGGUGACAGGCUAAGGAUCGGAUGUGAAGUAGGAAGAGCUAUUGCUUACCUUCAUUCUGCUGUUUCAGUUCCUGUAAUACACCGAGACAUCAAAUCUUCUAACAUACUUCUUGAUGAUGCUUUCACGGCAAAACUAUCAGACUUUGGUGCUUCAAGGUACAUUCCUAUCGACCAGUCAGGGAGAACCGCAACAGCAGUCCAAGGAACAAUAGGAUAUCUAGAUCCUAUGUACUACUACGCCGGGCGGCUCUCAGAAAAGAGCGAUGUUUAUAGCUUCAGAAUCCUACUUUUGGAGUUGUUUACGAGGAAGAUACCAAUCAUGUAUAGAACCUCAGAAGGCAAACUAGUUGACAUACUAGAUUCCCAAAUUGUAGAGGAGGGAGGUAGUGAAGUUGAAGAAGUAGCUGCUCUCGCUGCAUCAUGUAUAAAGUUAAGAGGAGAGGAGAGGCCUACCAUGAGGCAAGUUGAGAUGGCACUCGAAGGCAUUCAGGCAAACAAGCAGCUCGUCCUAAAUGAUUUGACAGGUGAGCAAAAUGAAGAAAACGAUUCAAUUUCAACCAGUUUGAGCUUGGAGGAAGUGAGCUGA